GAUUUUUUUAAGUCACAGUCGAAUGAAACCAACUCGAGCGAGCCGUUCCCGUUGCUGAUACUGUACCGCGUAGUUAGUACUGCACAACCCUAGACCUGGAUCCGGCUUCUUCUUCCUAGCUCGGAAAUAAUACAUCUACCCGGAGUGUGACGCGAAUGCGUGCCGCGGAAAGUUAGGCAUUUGCAGGCGACCGUUACCUUACUUCUCAUCGGCGUCUCUGCUGGUCCGUUCUUUAAGUCUCAUUUGGAAAGAAAAAGAAAAACAAAAGCAUUCAUUUCAGUUGCCCACUUGAUCACCAGAUAUACCACGCAACGCAGCGUGUAGCAUCGCAAACGUCGCACUCACCGUCACAAUCACCGUCGUCGCCGCCCAUGGCGGUCGGCCAUGCUCAUAUCUGCCUGCGGCUUGUGCUGCUGGCGCUCUUGGUCGCGGCGGGUAGCUCACAGAGCACGCCCGGGAGCAGCACGGACCCCUGCCCGGGAGCCAACCAGUGCCCCGGCAAGAAGGGCUGUUUCAGCAGCGGCGACUACUGCGACGGCGUGAAGAACUGCGCGGACGGCAGCGACGAGUGGCCGUGGAUCUGCAACUUCGAGAUGGACUGCGGCGCGCUCAACGCCUCGCACGUGCUAUGCCCGGACUCCCCCAGCGUUUGCAUCCUUCCCGGGCAGUUCUGCGACGGGAAAACCGACUGCCCAGAUGCGCUGGACGAGAAGCCUGAGUUCUGCGCGAAUUUCACCUGCCCGAGGAACAGUUUACGGUGCCCCGGGUUGAGCAUGUGCAAGGCGGGCGGCGCGCUGUGCAACGCGGUGCCGGACUGCCCAGGGAAGGCAGGUGGCGGCGUGGCAGUGGACGAGGACCCGGCCUUCUGCCGGCCGUACGUUUGCCCCAAGGGGAGCUCGAAGUGCAGCGAUGGGCUUCAGUGUGUGGACGAUGUGAUGCGGUGCAAUGGGGUGAAGGAGUGUCGGGAUGGGUCGGAUGAGGUGGGGUGUGAGGGGUGGAACUGCACCAAGGGGUUCCGGAAGUGCAAGGACCAGCUGCAGUGCGUGUCGAAGCUCAACUGGUGCAACAAGGUCGUCGACUGCAAAGAUGGUACUGAUGAGGCAAGCUGCAUCCCUGCCGACAGCACACCCGGCACCGGCGCUGGCACCGGCACUGGCAAUAAGGGCAGCGGGGCCGGCAGUGGCAGCAGUGGUACCGGGAAAUCUGCUGGCACUGGUGGCACUGGCGGGAACAAGUCUGGUGGCAAUGGCGGCACAGGAGGCAAGCCCGGCGGAUCAGGCUCUUCUGGGGGCCCUGGGAAGACACCCUCCCCACCCAAACCAUCCCCACCUAAGAAAUCCCCUCCCAAAUCACCCCCCAAGUCACCCCCCAAGUCAUCACCCAAGUCGCCGCCCAAGUCGACUCCGAAACCUCCUGCGAAAAGCCCUCCCAAGUCCCCACCCAAGAGCCCUGUCAAGUCGUCGCCCAAGCCCCCGGCCAGGAGCCCCCCGGCCAAGAGCCCCCCACGCUCGCAGGGUCCGCCUAAGAAAUCACCACCGUCGGACGCCAAGCGGAGCAACGUUGGAGCCAAGUACCCGGUGUCGGGGAAUGACGGCAAGCGGGGCAUCACCGUUACCGUUCGGUGGUGAAACAAUUGAUAUGCUUGCUUACAGUGGUUUUCUAGACACGUAAUUGUAAAAUGGCGUGUUGUACUAUGUACGUCCCUGUUCCUGUUUUGUAUGCAUGUGUCAUAUGGGUAUGCUAGUUGUACUAUGUAGUAUGCUAUGGAUGCCUGUUUGUUGUUAUGCAUUUUAUUAAA